AUGGAUGUUGUACAGGCAGUGUCGGGCUACAUCUCCAAGAUGGUGUCUGCUGGGGACAAUGCCUCUGGAACCCCUUCUGCGAAGAUGAAGAUAUUACUUCUGGAUAGCGACACUGUAUCCAUCGUGUCUACCGCCAUCACUCAGUCUGCCUUGCUGAACCACGAGGUCUACCUAAUCGAUAGGCUGGACAACCAGAAUCGAGAGAAGAUGCGGCAUCUGCGCUGUCUCUGUUUUGUGCGUCCUUCUGCGGACUCCAUACAGUUCCUCAUCGACGAGUUGCGGGAACCCAAGUACGGCGAAUACAACGUAUACUUCAGUAACGUCGUCAAGAAGUCUUCUCUGGAACGUUUGGCCGAGGCAGAUGACCACGAGGUUGUGAAGCUAGUACAGGAACAAUUCGCUGAUUAUAUCGUCGUCAAUCCGGACCUGUUUACUCUGGACCUGGCAUUUCCUAAGCAGCGAUUGUGGAGCACGAGCCCCGAUAUGUGGAACACGGAUGCUUUACAAAGGACAACGGAGGGGCUUAUUGGAGUAUUGCUGUCUUUGAAGAAGAAACCCCUGAUAAGAUAUGAGAAGAACAGCCUAUUGGCGAAGAAACUGGGUACCGAAGUUCGAUAUCAUAUCACCCAGGAGGACCAGCUAUUUGACUUUAGAAAGGUCGACACGCCUCCUAUACUUUUGAUAUUGGACCGGCGAGAUGAUCCCAUCACACCUCUACUGACCCAAUGGACAUACCAGGCAAUGGUCCAUGAGCUGCUGGGCAUAAAAAAUGGCCGGGUUGACCUGAGUGAGGUUCCUGAUAUUAGGCCAGAGUUGAAGGAGGUUGUUCUCUCUCAAGACCAGGACCCGUUCUUCAAGAAAAACAUGUACCUCAACUUCGGAGACCUUGGUGGUAAUAUCAAAGACUACGUUGAGCAGUAUCAGUCGAAAACUAAAAAUAGCUCUAAUAUCGAGUCGAUCGAAGAUAUGAAACGCUUCAUAGAGGAUUACCCGGAAUUCCGAAAGCUGUCGGGUAACGUGAGCAAACACGUGACGCUUGUUGGCGAACUGAGCAGGAAGGUGGGCUCCGAAAACCUCCUUGAGGUCAGUGAAGUGGAACAGAGUCUAGCAUCUAAUGACAACCACGCUAGCGAUUUGAAGGCAUGUUUUGAGAUCUCAAUCCAUCUACCGCUCAUCCAAUCGCCCGCUGUAACGGCCGACUCGAAGCUCCGGCUCGUGGCACUGUAUUCGCUAAGAUAUUGGAAGCACCCCAAUAAUGCUUUGCCGAUUCUAGUUGACUUGCUUACCGCAGCUGGUAACGUUCCCCAACGACGCAUCGAUCUCAUUGCAAAACUCCUCACCUAUCACUCAUCACUGCAGCAAACCCAAGCUUCAGGUGGGAUCUCCGAUAUUUUCGAAUCAGCAGGCAUCUUCUCGGGCGCUCGGGAUCGUUUCAAAGGCCUGAAAGGCGUUGAGAAUGUGUACACACAACACUCACCGCGAUUAGAAUUGACUUUGCAGAACCUUAUCAAAGGGCGACUGAGGGAGCAACAGUACCCGUUCAUCGAGGGUGGCGGAUCAACUCGUGACAAACCGCAGGACAUUAUCCUCUUCAUGAUCGGAGGCGUCACGUUUGAAGAAGCGAAGACUGUGUCCCAGAUCAAUGCCUCUUCGCCAGGCAUUCGUAUCGUUCUUGGGGGGACGUCUGUGCAUAAUAGCACUACCUUUUUGGAGGAGAUGGAGGAUGCAGUGGGUUCGUGGCCGGAGCCGCCUCCUACUACUGCUGCUGCUAGGCUGAGGAAAGAAACGGGGCGGAGGUAA